UGUCACACCACACCUGGUCGACAUACCACAAAGUACUUGACUUGUCCCUUUUAAGACUCGACUGUGUAAAGGAAUUUAUUUAUUUGCGAUUUAUCUUCCAACGAAUGAACAUUGCUUGGUGAACGAGAUGUAUUCCUGGAAAGCAGUUAUCGUCCUUGUGCUCCCCUUCAUUUCGGGGGGACAUUGUCAAGCGAGAGAACGUGUCCUGCCCAACCUCCCGUAUGGCCCAGAUGCGGAGCAACUUUUGGACUUGCACUUGCCCUCGGAUGACACCAUAAGGUGGACGAAGGUCAUCGUCGUCCUGCACGGGGGCGCCUGGGGCAUGGGGAAAAAGGAGGAUGUGAAUCCAGACGUGGCAAGUUUGAGGGCUCGUCUUCCAGAUUAUGUCAUUGCAAAUAUGGACUAUAGACUGGGUACCCGCGAAAGUCCAGGGUUCCCAAAACAGCUGGAUGAUAUCCAGCUGGCCUUAACCUUCCUGAAGGCAUCCUUCCCCUCGACAACUUUAUCAUUCACGUUCUUCGGAGUGUCUGCCGGCGCCCACCUUGCAAUGCUCUACUCGUACGCGUGGGAUCGGGGAAUUGGCGACGCAAAAGUUGUCGUGAGUUAUGUUGGCCCAGUCGACUUCACAGAUCCCGCCUAUUGUGGCGUCAUCUUAUAUCGCCCCAUCAUCGAACCCCUCCUCGGAUCGGAGAACAACUGCCAGGAAUACCCCGACACGUGGAACGUAACCAGUCCUUUAACCUACGCUUCAACAGAAUCCCCCCCGACCAUCGGGUUCUAUGGAAAUCUCGACAUUUUGGUGCCGAACAGUCAGAUGGUGAGGUUUGAGGAGAAGAUGUUCGAGUUAGGGGUGCCACAUGAGUUUACCAGGUACCCCGGGGGACAUGGGGACUGGGGGGAGAUAAAUAUGAACGAUAUGUGGACGAAAAUUGCGGCAUUUGCGGAGUUGUAUUCAUAAUGUGUGGCACAUGUCUAUAGUAUAAUUUAUUUAUGUAAAUGUGGCCCAAAAUGAAGAGAUUUGUGAAUUAUUGUAAUAUAUUAAUAAAAUCCUUGCAAAAAUUA